GAUUUUGGAAUUUUCAAAUUCGAUUCAUUUUCUCUGUUUUUCCCUUUUCAAUUUCGUGUUCUGUUUCAGUCACUGAUCAAAACCCUAGCACCUGAAACUCCUUCUCUCAUCGUUUUCUACGGUUUGACUCCGUUAAUUCGAUAAUCUGUUUGAUUCGAUUUCGAAUUCUGUGAAGUUCGUUGACUCUGGAGAUUUUGCGGUUUCGAGUCUUGCCAUUUCUGGAUCUUCCCGAGUUCUCCGGCGAGCUCCGGUUCUGUGGAUACUUCUUGUUUGGCUGCCGAGAAAGGGGAGUGGGAAAAUCUUGGAGAAAUGCGUGUUUUGAAUUAGGGAUUUUGUUGGGAGGCUGAAUUUCGGGAGUGGAGAUUCGGUUCUUGACGAUUAUGUUCCGUCGUGGAGGAUUAUUGCAGAAGAGGCGAGGAGGAGUUGAUGGGAUUCAAUUUUCGGGUCCAAGAAAAGGAUAAGAGUGAUAUGAGGGUUUGAAUAUGGGCCAUGGAGAAGCGAAUGGUACGAGAGUGAAUGAGCACGGCGGAGGCGGAGCAGACGAUUUCGGAAGGGCGGUGUCGAAGAUCGUGGUGGCGCAGAUAUGCGAGAGCGUCGGGUUUCAGAGCUCGAAGGAGUCAGCUUUGGAUGCGCUCGCGAAUAUCGCCAUCAGGUACCUUUGUGAUUUGGGAAAGAUUGCGAAUUCUUACGCCAAUUUGACUGGAAGAACGGAAUGCAAUGUGUUUGAUAUUAUUAGGGCUUUGGAAGUUUUGGAGGCGUCGCAGGGAUUUCCCGGAGCCGGGGACGUUGGGCAUUGUCUUGUGAGAUCGGGCGCGAUGAAGGAGAUUGCCACGUACGUGGAUUCGGCCGAGGAGAUUCCGUUUGCACAGCCGGUGCCAAGGUUUCCGGUGUUGAAGAACCGGAGAUUGAUUCUGAGUUUUGAACAGAUGGGGGAGAACCCACUCGGUCAACACAUACCCACUUGGUUGCCGGCUCUACCUGAUCCUCACACUUACAUCCAUUCCCCAAUGUGGAAUGAGCGGAACACAGAACCUCGCUUGCAUAAGCUCGAGCACGCGAGGCAGCGGAGGAAGGCUGAGAGGUCUUUGUUGAGUUUGCAGCAGCGUUUGGCCCGCAACGUUGGCUAUGCGGGUGCGUCAACAUCGGCUGCAGUUCCCCCCUUGGUGGGUGGUGAUGGGAAUGAGUCGAAGCAGGUCGAAAGGAAUCUGUUCCUCGAACCACCUUUGCAUCCGGGGGAGAAGGAUGUUUCUCCGAUUGUGUUCCCGGGGAAGAUCCUCGACGAAAGGGGGAAGGGAGACCAUGCUUCGGUGCUAGAGGCGUUUGCGCCCGCUAUUGAAGCCGUGAAGAAAAGUGGUUUUUCGGAGUAUGGAGAGGACGAGAGAAGAGUUCUUCCCGGAAUCGAAGCAAGGCCUGCUAUUCAGUUCAAGUUCAGAACGGCCAAGAAGUAUUUUGGCGAGUCACUGGAUUUGAGCCUUAAGAAGGCUGUUGGGAGGCCUGCAUUUUGGUUUGGGAGGGAUGAAGAGAGAGAUGAUAAGAAGAGAAGGGCUGAGUUUAUUCUUAGGCAAUCAAUGGAAAAUCCGCAGGAACUCAACCAAUUGUAGAUUAAUUCUUGGCUUUCACUUGGGCACUCUGUUUCUUUUAGAAAUUGAUAUUAGAAUUGGGAUCUGAGUUGUCAAAAGUUGAGGAUAUACUGUUAUGUUAAUUCUAUAGUUGCUUACUUGUAGUCCCAUUCUAACAAUUUUUUCUUAGAGGUCUUUGCGUGAAACAAGUUGUGUCCCUAAUAAAACUAUUGCUUUUGCUAGCGUUUGUUCAGUUUUAGUUGCACUGACCAUGUUCUCUUGGAGAGGGACAUCAAAACCACACAAAGUACAAAUAUAGAAACCAAAUGGCAAUCAUUAAAACAGGUAGUGAAAGUGAUUGCCAACUCAGGUUUUCAUUGAAUCUUGUAUUUUUGCUGUUGGAUUUAUGAGAAAGAGAUGAGAUUUUGUAGCACAUUCAUGUAAGCAUGCAAAAGAUAAUAUUGAUCCAUUCAGAGAAUAAUCUGUUUCAUCAUUAUUGCGCUUGUUGCAAUAUCUUUGGAACCUGUUUUUAACUGGUCUUC